AAGACACAAACCUAACUUGAUUAAAAAAAGAACCAAAAAAAAAGAAAAAGUUUAUUAUGGAAUGCAAAGUAAAUGCUCCUUGAAUUGUUUUAUUGGCACGUAGGUAUUGUUAAAGUAGAUAAAAGUGAAUUGUUUGUUGUUAUUUAUUUGCAGAUUACUUGUUGGUUGAAUAAAAUAAAAGUCAAAUUGCCUGGACAGCGUGGCCAGGCGUGGCCUUGAUUAUUUCUUCAAAUUAACGUACGUUUUUGAAAGUUUGCGUUUCCCGCAUUUUUGUUCACGAUUUUUGCCAAUUUCGUUGAUAAAUUAAAGAACAUGAAUCCGUGUGUAAUUCCAACGCCUUCCCAAGACACUGUUGGAGAUGGGAGAUGGAUGUCGAUGACAUGGAAGAUGGACUGAACGAAUUAGAACAAAUAGAAAAAAAAAGCAAUUUGCUAGUGGUAGGAAUACCUAAGCAAAAUGAAGAGGCAAGAGAAAGCUUGAGAAAAGUAUUUACAGCUAUGAAAGUGACUAUGCAAGAUGAAGAUAUCAAGGAAAUUUACAGAAUAAAUUCCAAAGAAGAUGCUCCUGUAAUGUUGAAAUUGGAAACCCAUGAAAUUAGAAGUACAAUAUUUAAGAAAAUUAAAGAGUUGAAAGGAAAGUACUAA